GCUGAGUCCCGGGGGCGGACUAGAGGGCAGAGCCGGCUGAGGGUACUGCUAACCUGGCAGGGCCAGCCUCCAGGGUGGGGAGGGUGGAAGUGCCGAUCGUGGGGCCGAGGGCCUCGCGGGACCGCGCGCCCUUCGCAGCCCAGGUACAAGGGCUUUUGCGACGCGAAGAGGAAUCUCACCCUCGUCUGCGGGAAGCCGCUGGCUGUGCGUCUGGUCUUCAUCAUCGCCUUCGAGGUGAAACAGAAGUAAUUUACUCACUCCCUAGAGUUGUGAGGAUUAAUUGAAUGAAUACCCGGAACCCCUCAGAAUAGUGCCUUGCAGCACCGACUCAAUGGACAUGAGUUUGAGCAAACUCCGGGAGUUGGUGAUGAACAGGAAGCCUGGCUUGCUGGGCCGCAAAGAGUGGGACACGACUGAGCGACUGAACAACGAAGUGCCUUGCACUUAGUAAGCACUUGGCAGAGUAAGAUCGCUAAAGCCAUCGUUCUCUUUCACCGCUCCCUUCUCCCCAGCCCCUCAUCCCUGGCUCGUGCUCGACCUGCCAGCCGCCCUGGCUACCUAGGAGCUUGCCUCGCCUGGCUCAGGGGCCAUGCUGACAUCGCCCCCUGAGGACCUGGCUGCAACCCCAGAGCCCCCAGGGCAGCCUGGAGCCCGGGACCGUGCUGGAGGCUGGACGGAGCUCCCUGGUUGAGGCCUUGGUGGGUGGCGGAGCAAAGGAGGAAUGGACUGUGGGCCACCUGCUGCCCUCCAGCCCCAUCUGGCUGGGCCUCCUGGCACUGCCCACCACCCAGUGGCCGUGUGCCAGCAGGAGAGCCUGUCCUUCGCGGAGCUGCCCAUCCUGCAGCCUCCAGGCCCUGUGUGUCUGGACCUCUUCCCUGUGGCUCCAGAGGAGCUGCAGGCACCUGGCAGCCGCUGGUCUCUGGGGACCCCUGCUCCCCUCCAGGGGCUGCUAUGGCCACCGCCCCCAGGAGGCGCAGACCCCGAGCUCUCCACCAGCGGGGGAAUGCGGCCCAGCAGGGCUGGCAGCUGGCCACACUGUCCUAGUGCCCAGCCCCCAGCCCUGGAGGGACCCUGGAGUCCCCAGCACCCACAGCCACAGCGCCGGGCCAGCCACGGCUCAGAGAAGAAGUCAGCCUGGCGCAAGAUGCGGGUGUACCAGAGAGAAGAGGCCCUUGGUGGCCCCGAGGCCCACGCUGUCUUCCUGGAGCCGAGUCAGGCCGCGGAGCAGGCGCUGAGUGCAGAGGAGCCCCGGCCGGCGGGGUUGCCUGGGCCGGCUCGUGGGGGCCUCGAGGGGCCUGAGCGGAGGCGCUUCUCGGCCUCUGAGCUGAUGACCCGCUUGCACUCUUCCCUGCGCUUGGGGCGGAAUUCAGCAGCCAGGGCACUGAUCCCAGGGUCAGGGUCAGGCCCCGGAGCCGCCCUAGAAGGGAAAGCGCCUGGAAGAGACUCGCGCAGUGUAGAGAUGAGGGUGGACACCACGGCGACGCCAGCUCCUGUUGACCUGAGCCGGGUCCCCGACAGCUGGCCGGAGCCCAGGCUGGAUGCGCGGGAGGAGCCGGCGCCAGGGCCCCGGAGCGCCAGCGAGCGGCGCCAGUCCCGGUUCCUGCUUAACUCCGUCCUCUACCAGGAAUAUAGCGACGUGGCCAGCGCCCGCGAGCUGCGGCGGCAGCAGCGCGAGGAGGAGGGCGCGGCGGACGAGGCGGAGGGCGCGGAGGAGGGCCCGGGGCCGCCGCGCGCCGACCUCUCCCCGAGCAGCUCGUUCCGGGCGCAGCGCGCCGCGCGGGGCUCCACCUUCUCGCUGUGGCAGGACAUUCCCGACGUGCGCGGCAGCGGCGUCCUGGCCACGUUGAGCCUGCGCGACUGCAAACUGCAGGAGGCCAAGUUUGAGCUGAUCACGUCCGAGGCCUCAUACAUCCACAGUCUGUCGGUGGCCGUGGGCCACUUCUUAGGCUCGGCCGAGCUGAGUGAGUGCCUGGGGACACAGGACAAGCAGUGGCUGUUCUCCAAACUGCCCGAGGUCAAGAGCACCAGCGAGAGGUUCCUGCAGGACCUGGAGCAGCGGCUGGAGGCGGAUGUCCUCCGCUUCAGCGUGUGUGACGUGGUCCUGCAGCACUGUCCGGCCUUCCGGCGCGUCUACCUGCCCUACGUCACCAACCAGGCCUAUCAGGAGCGCACCUACCAGCGUCUGCUCCUGGAGAACCCCAAGUUCCCUGGCAUCCUGGCUCGCCUGGAGGAGUCUCCUGUGUGCCAGCGGCUGCCCCUCACCUCCUUCCUCAUCCUGCCGUUUCAGAGGAUCACCCGCCUCAAGAUGCUGGUGGAGAACAUCCUGAAGCGGACAGCGCAGGGCUCUGAAGAUGAAGACAUGGCCACCAAGGCCUUCAAUGCCCUCAAGGAGCUGGUGCAAGAGUGCAAUGCCAGUGUGCAGACCAUGAAGAGGACAGAGGAGCUCAUCCAUCUGAGCAAGAAGAUCCACUUUGAGGGCAAGAUCUUCCCGCUGAUCUCUCAGGCCCGCUGGCUGGUUCGGCACGGGGAGCUGGUGGAGCUGGCACCCCUGCCUGCGGUGCCCCCUGCCAAGCUGAAGCUGUCCAGCAAGGCGGUCUACCUGCACCUCUUCAAUGACUGCCUGCUGCUCUCCCGGCGGAAGGAGCUGGGGAAGUUCGCCGUCUUCGUCCACGCGAAGAUGGCAGAGCUACAAGUGAAGGACCUGAGCCUCAAGCUGCAGGGCAUCCCCGGCCACGUGUUCCUCCUUCAGCUCCUCCACGGGCAGCGCACAAAGCACCAGUUCCUGCUGAGGGCCCGGACGGACCUUCCUCUCCCCAGGAGUGAGAAGCAGCGAUGGAUCUCAGCCCUGUGCCCCUCCAGCCCCCAGGAGGACAAGGAGGUCAUCAGCGAGGGGGAAGACCACCCCCAGGUCCAGUGUGUAAGAACGUACAAGGCGUCGCAGCCAGACGAGCUGACCUUGGAGAAGACGGACAUCCUGGCCGUGAGGAUGCGGACCAGUGACGGCUGGCUGGAAGGGGUGCGCCUGGCAGAUGGCGAAAAGGGCUGGGUGCCCCAGGCCUACGUGGAGGAGAUCAGCAGCCUCAGUGCCCGCCUCCGGAACCUCCGGGAAAAUAAGCGGGUCACAAGUGCCACCAGCAAGCUGGGGGGCCCCCCUGUGUGACGGCGGCCGUGACCCAGGACAGCAGCCCCACGCCGGCUCCUGGACAGGUCUGCAGGGGACCUGCGGUGUCCCCAUGCCCCACCUGCUGCCACUGGGGCUUCUGUUCUGAUGCCUGGCUUCGAGGGCGCAGGCUGGACGCAGGCGGGGGUUGCCUCUGAAGAGUCUCCCCUGUCCUCCUACUCCUCGAGUCCACAGUUCAGGGACGAGGGUCGUUUAUCCCUCUGGCUCGUGCCCUCUGGGACCUGGCCUCUCCCUUUCCUGCCCUCCACCCUGCCCGAGUCUUGGUCCCUCUGGCAGGGACCUGACUGGCAGUGGCUCUGGGCGCUGGGACCUAUCUGUGUAGACAGAUCUGGAGUCUCUGGUCUGAGCCUGCAUGGGCCCCGGUUGCUGUGACUCACCUGUAAAUAAAUUGCCCUAAUGCCUUU